GAGAUGCUGAUUAUAGUAAAGGAAAGGCAUUCAUCACUUGUUUAUAUGACUCUGUGUUGGAGACAUUAUGUGAUGCAAUUGGAGUUUUUAAUUUGAAUGCACAGACAUAUAAAUGAUAUGAAGCCAGUGAUGUGCAGACCGGGGAGUUGUGCUGUUUGUCUCAUAUCAGUGCCCGUAUCGAUCCAAUUGCCUUUACUGACUGUCCCUCAUAGGCAGCACUGGUAUAUAGUUUUUAAAUGUUAAACCAAAAUAAUAAGAGUUGUUGUUGUGCUUCGCCUAAUAAAAAUCAACCAGUGCUCAGAUAUUUAGUAAAUUGUAUGUGCUAGAUGCGCUCAGUUACUUAUGUCUUUUGAAAACUACUGGUGCCGUACUAAAGAAAUGGCUUCCAUUGUAUUGAAUAAACAUAAACGCAAACCUAACAAGGGCAAAUUUAAAUUUAAUAUUAAAAAUUGUUUGUCAUUUGACAACAAAAGUGAUUAUGCUGAGGGCUAUUUACGUCUAUACGGCCGAACUAAUAGAGUGGCGGCGUUGACCAAAAUGUCUGAAUUGCAGCACUCUAUAGAUGGCUGGGAAGGCAAAGAUAUCGGUCAGUUUUGCAAUGAGUUUGUAAUGGACGGGCCGUUAUGUAAACUGUCUGAUAUGACGUCCCGAUCUCCUCGUAUUAGCGAACGCUAUGUUUUUCUAUUUGAUGGUCUAAUGGUUUUAUGUAAACCAAAUAAUAAGAGGUCGUCGAUGACAACCGUUACGGGAAACACUCAAUACGAUUGGCGGCUAAAAGAAAAAUACUUAAUUAAAAACAUUGAAAUUAUCGACAGAGAAGAGCAUUAUAAUUAUAGUGAGAUUAACGGAUUAUAUAAUAACAGUGGAGGAGGAGGUAGUGGUGGUGUAAACGGUACACAUAAUAUACCAAAAUAUGUUUUCGAAAUAGCACCUAGAAAUCAACAAAAAAUAAUAUUGUUUGCAAAAACUGCUGAAGAAAAGGCACUCUGGAUGUCAAACCUUAUAUUAUUGAACACCCGGUCAAUGCUCGAGAGGACAUUGGACUCAAUGCUUAUCGAUGAGGCAAAGAAACAUCCGCUACGAUUGCCUUCACCUGAUGUCUACCGGUUCUCUGUAGAGGACUCGGACUCUAAUAUUAUAUUUGAAGAAAAUAAAUCUAAUUCUGGUGUUCCUCUAAUUAAAGGUGCAACACUACUAAAAUUAGUUGAAAGACUAACUUAUCACACAUACGCCGACCCGAUGUUUGUCCGCACAUUUCUCACUACAUAUCGCUCUUUCUGUACGCCUCAGGCAUUGUUAUCCCUACUGAUUGAGCGCUUUGAGAUACCAGAGCCAGAGUUCAAUCCAAUACAGAUUAACAAUACUACACAACAAGAAAACAAUACCAUAACUACAAUACCCGUAAACUCUUGUGAAACAAUUAAUAAUAUUAAAAAUAACAACAAUGACACACAAUUUAACAAUGCAAACAGUACUCUCUGUUUAAACAAUGAUAGCUCCCAUUCCCAUCACAUCUAUGAAAACUCUGAGAUUCGUAAUCAGCACCGGGAGGUACUCAAGCGUUUUCGUAAAGAAUACUCACAACCGGUCCAGUUUCGAGUGCUUAAUGUAUUGAGACAUUGGAUUGAUAAUCAUUAUUAUGACUUCGAAAGAGAUCCCAAUUUGUUGGAAAUAUUGAAAAAAUUUUUGGAUGAAAAAGUCAAAUCAAAGAAAAAUAUGAGAAAAUGGUGCGAAAAUAUUAUGAAAGUAUUGGAUCGUAAAACAGAGAUCACAGAUGAACAUCACAUUACUCACAGUUUUGAAAUGAUUCCCCCAAAUAUCGAGUGGUGGCUAACCCGAGACACACAAAAGUUUGAUUUGCUUACUCUUCACCCAAUAGAGUUGGCCCGACAGCUAACUCUACUUGAGUUUGAUCUCUACAGAGCAGUCAAACCGUCCGAAUUAGUUGGAACUGAAGGCCAGUCAGUGGUGUGGACUAAGAAAGACAAGCAAAAGACAUCACCAAAUUUGUUGAAAAUGAUUCACCACACAUCCAAUUUUACAUUUUGGUUGGAGAAGUGUAUUGUAGAAGCGGUCAACUUUGAAGAAAGAGUAGCCAUACUGUCCCGUAUUAUUGAGAUAAUGAUAGUCCUACAGGAGUUGAAUAACUUUAACGGUGUUUUCGAAGUGAUCAGUGCUAUGGGAAGCGCUUGUGUUCAUCGAUUGGAUCACACCAUGAGUUACAUCGAAAAGAAUUCUAAACUCAAGAGAGCUCUGGACGACGCACAGGAACUGACUGUUGAACACUUCAAAAAGUAUCACGAAAAACUGCGGUCAAUAAACCCUCCGUGUGUGCCAUUCUUUGGCAUGUAUUUGACAAAUAUAUUGCACAUCGAAGAAGGAAAUCCAGAGUUUUUGGCGACACCUCAGCUAAUAAAUUUUAGUAAACGUAGGAAAGUGGCCGAAAUAACUGGUGAAAUACAACAGUACCAAAAUCAACCGUAUUGUCUAACAAUUGUUCCCGAAAUUAGGCAAUUUUUAGAGUCAUUGAAUCCAUUUAAAGGACAGGACGAGAAAGAGCUUAUAGAUUAUCUGUAUAACAAAUCACUUGAGAUUGAACCCCGACAUACCCGACAACUAAACAAAUUUCCCCGACAAUGGCCUGAAAUAUCACUUAAGUCACCCGGUAUUAAACCUCGGGGUAAUCGUAAUCAUCACUUACCAGCUCUUCAAUCAUUGGACUCUUUACUUAAUUCACUGACGAGUUCACAAAAUGAAGAGUCAAUUACCGAUGAAAGUCAAACCCAUAGUCCAACUCCACCGCAAACGCCGCCGUAUUCGGCAAAUAGUUGCGGUACUGGUAGUGAUAAUUCCGUAUUUGCGCCCGUAUUCAUAGGCCAUGGUUCCACAUACGGUGGGUCAUCACUAUCGACGUCAAUUCAAUCGACGCCUCCCAGAUCCGGUUCGUGGUCUUCAAUCUCAUCAUUACCACCCAACCCGUCAACGCCUCCACCACUUCCGCCGCGCAUUAAUCGCAGCCAAAGAACAAAUUCCAUGUCCUAUUCGUCGGACUUGUCCUCUCCUUACAGUCGAUUUGAACCAAUAAUAGAGCCAAUUGGCAACACGUUUGACGAUUUAGUACCGCCGCCGCUCCCGCCGCGUUCCUCUACUUUCUCAACGACUUUAUCACGCAAUUGUUAUUCGGGCGCAACGGCCACCAUAUUGACGGCCAAUCAAAAUAUAGAGGGCUUUAACUCAGAGAUCAUUCGCCGCAAUUCAGUCAUGGAUUUGCCACCAACUGAACCGUUGUCUCUAUCGCGAAGGUUCUCGCAAAGUGGUCAUUCCGGACCUACCAGACCCCUACCUAUAUCUAUAUCCCCAAAUAGCGACAGCGUUUUUUCAGUACCUAUCGGGCCGUGUCCUCAAUUACCGCCAAAAACAUACCGCCAAACACUCGCUAACAUUUACUAA